AUGGCAUUGGUUUCUGCAAACGAAAUACGGAGACGCACUUCAGCCCCUUAUGCCCCAAUGGAUGAGGCGCUAGUGCCAGGGCUCGUCGGUAAAGCCCUGGACCAACAAUGCCGCCGGAGCUUUCGCGAUUUCGUGGAUGUUGUGUUCCCAAACAUAUAUUACAGCUACAACACUCGCGUGGAAACCCCCUGGUUUAAAAUCUUACAUGAUGAGAAAGGCACAGCAAAGGCAAUGGACUCUGGGUUUCGUAGCCUUGGAUGCUUGCAGUUGGGCAGAGCAAAUGGCGAUCAACGACUGAUUCUUGCUAGUCAGGAGAUUUAUGGUCGUGGGCUUCGCGAUCUUGCUCAAGCCCUCAAAAGUCCUACUACAGCCGGCACGGAUGUGACCCUUGCAGGGGCAAUACUGCUAGGGAUUUAUGAAUUGAUGAAUGCGACGGCGGAGACAUCCUGGCUACUUCACUCGCGAGGGAUCUCUCAUCUACUUCGUCUUCGAGGACCAGAAGGUCAUUGCCGUGGGUUUGGCCGUACCUUACUACUGUCCUUUCGAGGAAUCCUAGUUUUUGAGGCGUUCACGCGGGGCGAGGCAUGUUUUCUAGAGAGCGAGAAAUGGAGAUCAAUUCUUCCACAGAUCCUAGAGGACGAAGAGCGCCGCGGCACAAGCUGUCGUCUGGGCCAGUUGAUGGACUAUGCAUUCAACGAGAUAGCUCAAUGCCCCGGGUUUCUUGUCAGAACCAAAGCUCUAGUCGCCUCUUCACAGACUACCAAUGCGGAGAGAGAACGCCUGUUAUGUGCCAUCAACAGGAGUCGCGAGAAUCUGAGGGAUUUGGAAACCCAAAUGUUGGCUGGUAUCAAGGCCAACCAUGACGGGAACAAGAAAGAAUGUCAGGCGUUCUUUGGCUUGAUUUCCGGUCCUAUAAAGGAUACCUCGGUAGCAUUUUCGGUUGAGGGCGUGCAAUCAGGCAUCGCGCUUCUCCAACAAUUGUCGGUUGUGCUGAUGUCCGACCAGGCACGACAAAACAAAGUAACACCGUGGUUAACACUGGGCUCAGGUCACAAUGAAGGACAGAUUGUCAUCAACCAUGAUGAACUUGCUCAGAUUGCCCAAGAAAAACUUAAAAUGCACCCGAUCGGUCCUCACCAACAGAGCAGCCCGAAGCUUUGGCAUGAUCGGAUUGCCUUAGCAAUGGGAAUGCCGGGAAAAGGCUGA